AUCAACGCAUCAGAUUACAAUGUAAACUGCUUAUUUGAUGUUGAUACCAUCAAUGUUCAAUACACCAUAAACUGAAAAUACUGAAGAACGGUUCACAGUCUGAUAGUACAAAAUGCCGUCAAAUUGUCGAUCAACUUCGUGAAGCUCUCAAGUCAURCUUAGAAUAUUUGGUGGAUUCAGAUAAUAUUGUGUUUGAAAACGAGGAGACCGUCACCCAACCUUCAGGACUUUCGACUUGGAUCAAUCCAGAAUAGUCUUUGUCUACAACUGAAACCCAAAAAUUAAUUGAUUAAGAUACUGAAGAUGAAUGAGUUUUGGAGUCGUCGUACUUGUGUCAUUUUGACUGGCGCUAGCAAAGGAAUAGGGCAGUGUUUGGCUGUAGAAAUUGGUAAACUUUUGAUUCCAGAGUCAACCAUUGUUCUUAUGGCUAGAGAUACAAAUGGUCUGGAAAAAACUAAAGAAAUGGUGAAUAAAGAAAACAGUGAUAUUUUGGUAGAGUAUUAUAGCGUGGAUUUAUACAACUUCAAUACAACAAUGUUUGAAAAAAUUGUUGAGCCUAUCGAUUCAACAAAGUAUGAAUUAUUUUUGUUAAUUCAUAAUGCUGGGUCAGUUGGUAAUCUGGAUCAUCUUGCAGCUGACAUGAAUGAUCCCGACGAAUGGAACAAAUAUAUGUUGUUAAAUUUAUAUUCAGUAACCUGUCUAACAAGUGUAUUUUUGUCCAAGUUCAGUUCAGAUAGAGCUGAAAGAUGUGUCAUCAAUAUUACUUCAUUAUUGGCGAUUGAACCAUAUAAAUCAGUUGGAUAUUAUUGCGUUGGAAAAGCUAGUAGAGAAAUGUACUUUCGUGUAUUGKCUUUAGAAAAUCCUUCACUGAAUAUUCUUAGCUACUCCCCUGUUUUUAUUUUAGGCCCUGUGUUAACUGAUAUGUAUAACAAUAUGAGUUUGAAUUCAAAAGACAAAGACUUACGCGAAAAGUUGACAAGUGUACAACAAAAACAAUAUAUUGUGAAAGUAGAAGACGCUUGUCAAAAACUAGUUAACACAUUAGCCAUGAGAAGUUAUAAAUCUGGCAGCAGAGUUGAUUAUUAUGAUCAAUAGUUGUAAUCCAUGAUUUUUUUUAAACAUUUUAUGUAUUACUGUUUUAAGUUGAUUGUAUUAUUUGCAUCWUAUAUUAAUUAUUAUUUACAUUGAAGGAAGGUAUUUCCUCUUUUAAUUUAAUAUGAUAAUGAUUAUUUAACUAAAAA